GAUGCUGGGAGCACUGGGGGCAGGGAGGAUGGGAUGUUUCGGAAGCCAGAGCCAUCGUUUGCAGAGUAGGAGAAGAGACUAAGCGAUUUCUCUCUGAAAAGUGCCAUGCUGCAGGAGGCUCUGCUGGGAUUCAAAGAGACGCUGCGACGGGGGCUGGGGAGCAACACAGCCAUCCCGAUGAUGAUUAAUUUCUGGGAAACAUCCUCAGCAGAAUUAUUUGAAGGUGUAGCACUGGAGAGUAAAGGCACAGAGGCAGUGGCUUGUGGGAAACAGGGCAGCAGAGUAACACCCACCUUUGGCUUCAGAUUGUCCCAGCCUCCCACGGGACUUGGAAGGGAAUUGGCUGUUGUGGAGUCAGUCCAGGGGCCGGUGCCCUUCGACGAGGUGGCUGUGUAUUUCACCAGGGAAGAGUGGGCUCUGCUGGACCCCCAUCAAAGAGCCCUCUGCAGAGACGUCAUGCAGGAGAACUAUGAGACUGUGACCUCGCUGGCAGGCGACGCAAUGGUAUGUGAGAAAGAGGAGCAGAAUUCUCAACAGGAAAAUGUUGAGCAAGUGGAUAAACACAGAGAAUUAUCACAAAGAUCGGAAAGGAAUGUGUCCAGGAGUCAUGAACAGGGAAACUCCUGUGAGAUUCAGCACAGACCAGAAAGAGAGUGCGGAAACCAGCCAGGAGAGAAAGUGGGUAAAUAUAUUUCCUGUUGGGGAACUCAGAAGGACCUCAAGGAAACCACAACCCAGCAGGAAAUCCUCAUGGGAAAGAGAAAAAAUACAUGCACUGAUGGGAAAAACGUAUGUGACUACUCAGCCCAUAUAAAGCAUCAGAGAAUCCACACAGGUGAGAAACCCUAUGAAUGCAGUGAGUGUGGGAAAACCUUCAAGCGCAGCUCGCAUCUUAUUACCCAUGAGAGAAUCCACACAGGGGAGAAGCCCUACAAAUGCAGCGAGUUUGGGAAAACCUUCAAUUACAGCUCAAACUUUAUUAAUCAUCAGAGAAUCCACACAGGGUAGAGGCCCUAUAAAUGCCGUGAAUGUGGGAAUAUCUUCUCUUGGCGCUCAGCCCAUUUUAGCAAUCAGAGAAUCUGCAGGGGAGAUAAACAUCAUAAAAACCUCUAAGGCUAUCACUACUUUUUUUCUUUAAUAUUUUUUCCUGAUUCACACAGAAUCCCUGGGCAAUGGUCUGGAACUGCUCGCCACAAAGCCAGUCAGGACUUUGGGGUGCCUCCUCUCCCUUGGAGCAGACUGUUUUCAGGGCAAGGAGCUCACACGUCUUCAGCUCCUGGAUCUCUCCUUAGAGCAUUCAGCAUCCUCUCCCCCUCCGUGCGCUUCCCACAAUGAGACCGCCCCAGCGGGAUCCUGGGGAAGUGACAGGGUCCUGCACCCCCACUUUGCAGUCAGACAUGACUCAGCCAGCCAGUAAAACGAGGUUUAUUUGAUGACAGGAACACAGUCUAAAACAGAGCUUGUAGGUACAGUGAACGGGACCCCUCAGCUGGGUACAUUCUGGGGGGCAGUGAGCCAGACCCCCACAUCUGCACUUCACUCCUCGUCCCCAGCCUGCUCCAGACUGAAAACCCCCUCCAGCCCCUCCUCUUUUGCUCAGUUCCUUUCCCAGGCCAGGAGGUCACCUGACCUCUUUGUCUCCAACACCUUCAAUUGGCACCUUUGCAGAGAAGGGGCCCAGGCCAUCAGUUGCUAGGAGACAGAGUGUCAGGCAUUUAGGUGCACUGGCCCUUUGCUCUGCUAGAUACUUAAGAACUGCAUAGGGGACUCUGAGGCAUCAAUACAGUAUUCAGAGAAAACAAGAACAUUCCUAGUUCGUCACACCCACGUAGUAACUUUUAAAGCUCCUUCAGCUUGUCCAGAUGAGUGGCCCAUUUUUUUCCUUUUGAUGUUCGCCCUGAUUUGAGGUUUACCCAUUGAUCCUUUCUAUCAGCACAAUUGUUCCAUGAGUAACUUGAAUCCCAGGAAACAGGGAGCAUCACAUUUAUACCAUUUCUCCUAUUGCAAAGUUAUUGUUAGAGUCACAAUGACAAAGAUUGUAUCAUUGCCAGUUGUCCUCACGUUGCUCUGGGUUUUGCUGAAGAGCAGUUAUAUUGGGCACUUUUCAGAUUAUAUUUAAAUGAAGAGGAACAGGGACAGGAAAAAAAGUGUUAUUUCAGUCUCUGUGACACUGGAAGGAUACGAGGUGACUCAGCGAUUCCCUCCUUCUCCAUCACUGCAGAACUGUUACGUUUUGUCUGUGCCAUACAGAGUUUAUUUUCAUUCUAUCCAUCCACUUCUCCAAGUGUCAUGUGAUGAAGCAUUCUCAGCUGUCUGUGCUUGGAGAUGAUGCUUUGACUUGUUUAAUCCUAUACCAGAGAUGCUAUAACUGGAGAUGAAAGUUUCAAAGACCUGGAAGGGGAAUUUAAAUGGAUCCCAAACAUAGUGUGGUUAUUUGGAGUUUAAAUCCCAAGUUUCAUCUGAAUUAUUUUGGAAAACUGAAAGUUGUCUUGUUUUUUGUUUUGUUAGUCAUACAGGAAAUGAUGGCUAAUCUUGAAAGAUUAAUUUGUUUUAAUUUACCCCCUGUAGUGUAAGGAGUUCUAGUUGAAAACUUCACUCCAAAGGUUGAAGUGGGAGAAUGUGUGUGAGAAAGAGUGUAUAAGAGAAUAUUGGCCCAGUAUAGAUUUUAAUUUUUGUGUUUUCAAAUAGAACUUAUUUUGCUUAGGUUCAAAGUCAAUUUCUAGUAAAAGGAAAACUACUUGAGGAGAUAAAUUGUACAAGUUUUUAUCCACUUAGACUGUAAGGGUCACUGUCUUCCCCACUUUUCUAAUUUGCAAAGGAAAGGUUUGACAUCUAUAAUAGGAUGUGUGUAUGUAGGAAAGCUGCACUUAUCAACCAUCAGUAUGAAGGAAAAGGCUGAAGUCCAUUACCUUUCAGCUCAAUAAGCAAUCUAAAGGCUGGUCUAUGCUGAAAAGCUAUGUUGACAUAGCCACAUCUCUCGGGGUGUGAAAAGUCCUCUCCACUGAGAGAGGUAGUUAAUGUGACCCAGUAUAGACAGUGUUAGGUUGUCAGAAGAAUAUUUCCAGUGUUUGAAGUGUAGACACAGCCUUAGACAGAUUGAUCCCCUAUGGGAAGCAAGUCAUGACAUCAAUUCCAAUUUUGACCCAUCUCCCUGUAUGUGAGAAAGUUACUAGCAUGGCGGGCUGAGACAGCUGUCCGAUCACCUGGUUCCUCAACUGUAACUACAGCUCUUAGUAUCCAUCAAUCCAAAGACUGAGAGAAAUGGAGAGUUCCAACCAUUGUAAUUUUAGUAUCUUAUUGUUCGUCUCUCUGUUUUUUGUGAUGGCCUUUCUAUUAUAGCAGGGUGUGACUGUAUAGCUCAGAGCAUGUGUGACAAAAGCUCAUUGAUGCCAAUUGGCAAAGGGGUCACUGUUAUUCACAAGCAUCUCCUGUCUCAGACCUGACAAACUCACUACACCUAAUACACUGCUUUUAUGAUAUUUAUCCAGGAAGCAUAGCAGUGAGAUCUCUACUGAAAGCUUGUAAAUUAUUGAUACUCCUAAGCACUAUGACAGGUGUGUAUGAGUCAUAUUUAAGGAGUAAUUUAAGAACAUGGAAAAUUAUGCUCAUGUGGUAUUGUCAUAGAAUCAUAGAAUAUCAGGGUUGGAAGGGACCUCAGGAGGUCAUCUAGUCCAACCCUCUGUUCAUGAAAGUGAGUCACCCCAGUCAAAGGUCUUGGUGGGGACAGCCCAUUCAAGUGGGAGGGAAUUGGCAUCUGUCCCUUGCUAACCAGUUAUGUGAUGUAUUGCUGCAUUGUCAACCUUUGCAUUGACCCAGAAAAGCCAAUGGAAAACCAUCAAAGACAAACUAUAGACAUCAAAACCCUGUGGAAGUGACGAGGCCAAUAUGAGAAUGAGGAGAUUGCCCUUUCUGUGAAUAAAGACAAAAGACUGAUUCAGUUCGUAACAGGGUGGAGAAAAACAUUCUGGGUACAUUCAUCAAGGAGAUUCCUAGUGAUUAGUGGUGCUUCAUGAAAGGCAGGGCCCUGGCUCCUAGGAACUAGCAAUCAGUGAAAUUGACUGAAGUGUGAGGUGAAAAUCAAUUUAAAUAGGAAAGGUAACUAUUAAAAUAUAGGUUGCAUUUUCUGAUUUUGUUUAGUUGGUAAUAGUUGGUUUCCAGCACUCACAUUUGUUUGUUUAAAUCUCUGUCCCUUAUUAAAUUUUUUUUUGCUUGUUCAAUAAA